AUGGACGACAAAAACCCUAGAAUCCAAUCCGAGGCAAAGCUUCUUUACACUCUUUGGCUAAGGUAUCUCUACGCCACCAGAAGGAAACAAUGCCCACGUUCUGAUAAAGGGAAACAGAGCCAACGUCGUGAUAGAGUUCACAAUCAACAGGUGGUGGUGAAGAAUAAGAAUAAUAAGAAGAAACUUGUGGAGGAGGAGAUGAUUUGGACGACGACGGGGAUUCUAACCGGGACAAAGUGCGUGAGAUUCUUCACAAGUCCUUGUCUAAAGUCGCUAACGAGGUUCUUUCGAGGCUCCUCAAAAAGCAAAUACAGAUCGAUUCUUUUCAACAUUGGAGACAGCAGCAAUCCAGAUCUCAGGAGGAAAGUGCUAAUUGGUGAGAUCAGUGGAGAGAGGUUGGUGACAAUGGAGAAAGAAGAGAUGGCUAGCAACAAGAUUCAGAUGCAAGUUCAAAAAAUCAAAGAGAAAGCCAGAGUUAAGGAAGAGAAUCGAGUGAAGAGUAUGAUGAUGUUUCAGUCAGGCAGUGUGAUCAUGACUUAA